GACUUUGACUCCCCGUUGUCCAGGCCAAGCCGCCCCGCCCCGAUCUGAUCUCUGAGAGUGGGUCCAUUCAUCUCCGUGCCACUACGCAUCUUUCCUUCUUAAACUUCCAACCCCCCUGUCCGAUCUCUGCUUAAGCCCCCAACCCCGGAGCCUAACCCCCGCCCCCCCUGCGCCUCGUGCACUCCGCCGCCGCGCCAGAUCCAGCUCCAGGUGGAAUUGAAGCGCGGGUUGUUCGUCUAAUCUGUCGCAGUUCCGAGUCGGACCGUUGGAGCUGCCAUCAUGGGUUCAGAUAAUGUCGGCCCGAGAGAUGUAUGUGUUGUUGGAGUCGCACGCACCCCUAUGGGUGGUUUCCUUGGCGCCCUGUCUUCCUUGCCUGCUACUAAACUUGGAUCCAUAGCCAUUGAAGCUGCUCUUAAAAGGGCACAUGUUGAUCCAUCCCUUGUGCAGGAGGUCUACUUUGGUAAUGUCUUGAGUGCUAACUUGGGGCAAGCUCCUGCGAGACAGGCUGCUUUAGGUGCGAGAAUACCAAACACGGUUGUUUGCACCACAGUUAACAAAGUCUGUGCAUCUGGCAUGAAAGCAACCAUGUUUGCUGCACAGUCAAUUCUACUGGGCAGCAAUGAUAUUGUAGUGGCAGGUGGUAUGGAAAGCAUGUCGAAUGCUCCGAAAUACAUUGGUGAAGCUAGAAAAGGUUCUCGCUUCGGACAUGACAGCCUCAUUGAUGGUAUGCUUAAGGAUGGCCUUUGGGAUGUAUACGGUGAUUGUGCUAUGGGAGUGUGUGCUGAGCUUUGUGCUGACAAUCAUGCCCUGACAAGGGAAGACCAGGACGCUUAUGCAAUUCAAAGUAAUGAGCGUGGAAUUGCUGCUCGUGACAGUGGUGCUUUUGCAUGGGAGAUUGCUCCGAUUGAAGUUCCUGGUGGAAGAGGGAAGCCACCAGUAAUUGUUGACAAAGACGAGAGUCUAGACAAGUUUGACCCAGCGAAACUGAGGAAGCUCCGGCCAAGUUUCAAGGAGAAUGCCGGUACUGUUACUGCUGGGAAUGCUUCUAGUAUAAGUGAUGGUGCUGCCGCAUUAGUACUGGUGAGUGGGCAGAAGGCUCAAGAACUUGGACUACAAGUACUAGCAAGGAUCAAAGGAUUUGCCGAUGCAGCUCAGGCCCCUGAACUAUUUACCACUACACCAGCACUAGCCAUACCGAAGGCUCUAUCAAAUGCUGGCUUAGAAUCCUCUUCUGUUGAUUUUUACGAAAUUAAUGAAGCCUUUUCGGCUGUUGCACUUGCAAAUCAAAAGCUUCUCGGGAUUCCUUCGGAAAAGAUUAAUGUACAUGGAGGCGCUGUGUCUUUAGGACACCCCCUUGGAUGCAGUGGCGCUCGCAUUUUGGUCACUCUUAUUGGUGUUCUCAGGGAGAAGGGUGGCAAAAUCGGGGUUGCUGGUGUCUGCAACGGUGGAGGCGGAGCAUCCGCACUUGUUCUCGAGUUAGCUUAGAACUCCAGUGACAUAUCCAAAGAACUUGGGAUGCGUCCAUUGAGUACAAGAUGAAGUUGGGAGUGGCCCUAUUUCAGCUGCUACCGUGACAGGAUGUAAAAUCAUUUCGUAAUAGCUGUAUCCGGCAAGUGACCAUGUUUAACUUCUGGGCCAGUUUUCUGGGAUAACCUUCUAUCAGCAGUUGUAAUAAAGCAGGUUUGUGCUACGAAAUUUCAUUGUCUUUCUACAGCUUGUGAAUAUUUUCUUCCA